AUGGGUCAUGGGAAUAUAAAUUGGCACGCAUCUGGCUGCAACCCGACACCAAAUUGGCGCAAGUCCGCAGCCCGCAGGCGCGAUUCGGAGGCGGCUUCCGUUGGAAGCGGUUCCUUAGCUGUUGUCAUAGUCACAGAUACGCUAGACAACGAAAAUGUUCUAAGUGAUAUAUCCGGCAGCUAUGGGGAGGACGAGGGCUGGCGCACCAGUUCCGACGAGGAGGACGCCGUGGAGGCAGCUGGUGGCUUCGCAGGCAACUACGGCGACGAGGAUGCAGCAGAGGAAGCGCACAAUAGCUACAACAGCGGUGCACAGCCAAUUCAGGACAUCUGA